AUGGCGGAGUUGGCCCGGAGGACUCCUUCCACGCUCAGAGAGUUCAUGAACAGGGCGGAUGAUUUUGUCAAUGCAAAGGAUACUCUGCAGGCUUUGGUGGACCCUUGUAAAGAGUACAUUCAGGUUGAGCGGAAAAAUAGGCGGGCUGAUAAGAAGGGUAAUCCCAGUAGGCGAGAAAGAGCGCAAGAAGGGCAGUCAACUUGCGACCUCAUAUGGGUGCACAAUAAUCUGGGCGUACAGGAAGGAGAGGAAGAAAAGGAAAGCCGCCACUCUGUCAAAAUAGGCGGUCGGUACUGCAAGUACUAUCAGACGAGCUCGCACUGGACUAAGGACUACACGACCAUGAGAAAGAAAGUCGCUGAGUUAGCAGGAACCAGCGAGUUGGAGCGAAUGGUCGCAGAACAAUCAAAGCCUAAAAGGCAUCAGGAGACUAGGCAAAAAGCAAGGUGGAGUUUCAGUCCGAAAAGAAGGCACCAUGUCAAUAACUGCCAGGACAGGAGGGCGAGGUCGCCCCCAAGAGGCGAUCGGAACAGGGCGCUUAUAGGGGAAAUAAAGACCAUAGCGGGAGGUUUUGCUGGAGGUGGUAUUUCCACGUCCAGCCAAAAGGCGUAUGCACGGAAGGCAAGAUAUAAAGAGGUGUUCGUGGCGAGUAGGGUACACAAACAACCAAAGCUCAGCAAUAAGCAAAUGGUGAUAUCCUUCAAAGAAGCUGACAAGGAAGAAAUUAUAUAUCCACAUGACGAUGCUCUAGUAACAACCCUCGUGAUAGCCAAUUAUACAACUAGGCGGGUACUAGUAGAUAAUGGGAGCUCGGCUGAUAUACUGUUCUAG